CGUCAAUUUCAGUCGGUGAGUUUUUGUUGCGCUCUGUUGUUAAAAUCCUUAAAAACGGUCGAAUUACUGACUGUAACCGCGAUUUGUUUCCGCUGGCUGUUUUCUGUAUCUAUUUUGCUGCAGACAGUCUGUCCAACCGCAAACAUGCAGAACGACGCCGGUGAAUUCGUGGAUCUUUACGUCCCACGCAAAUGCUCUGCUAGCAACAGAAUCAUUGGAGCCAAAGACCACGCCUCCAUCCAGAUCAAUAUUGCAGAGGUUGACAAAUUGACGGGACGUUUCAACGGUCAGUUUAAGACCUACGCAAUCUGUGGCGCCAUCCGCAGAAUGGGUGAGGCUGACGACUCCAUCCUGAGGCUGGCAAAGAACGACAACAUUGUCGCAAAGAACUUCUGAAGGUGGCGCUGUGGAGACUUUGUUAAAUAAAAUGUGGAGGAAAA